CAUGGUAUUGCCAGCUGCCGCAGUGGCGUCUAGGCGGCAGUCUCGAUGGCUUUUACGGUGGCGGACAUUCAGCGUCUGGCCGAGGCCAAGCUGGAAGAGAGCGCGAGGACCUACAUCGCCAUCGGAGCAGGCCAAGAGCAGACCAUCGUGGACAACACACGCGCCUUCCAGAGGUUUCGCUUCAGACCCCGCAUCCUCGUGGACGUGGAUGCGAUCAGGACGUCGACCAGCUUGCUGGGACACGCUGUCCCUUUUCCUGUUGGUUUGUCUCCGUCAGCGACCCACAAGAUCGCGAACCCCGUCGGAGAGGUCGGCACGGCGCAAGCUGCGCAGGAUGCUGGCACGGUGAUGAUUCUGAGCUGCUUGAGCAGCGUGACGCUGGAGGACGUCAGGGCCAAGGCGCCCGACUGCCUGAUCUGGCAGCAGGUGUACUUGUUCAGCGAGAGGUGCCUCACUGAGAACCUGGUCAAGAGGGCCGUGGCGCAAGGCUGCAAGGCCAUCGUGGUCACCGCUGACGCGCCUGUCGACGGAGACAAAGUGAGCCGCCACGAGUACCCGCACAGCCUUCCCAGUGGAAUCAGUACCGCCAACCUGGACGCUGCGUUUUCCUAUCACCGGCCCGGAUGUACAGCCGCUGGCGAGCACUCCCGUGAAGUGAGCGCCAUGUUUUCUGCCACCUUCAAAGAGAUUGAAUGGCUGCGCAGCCUUUCGGAGCUUCCCGUUAUCGUCAAGGGCGUUUUCAGGGCCGAAGAUGCGCUGCAAGCUUACAGGCACGGUGCAGCGGCCGUCAUUGUCUCCAACCACGUGGACCAGUGGUGA